AUGUCAGUGUUACAUUCCCUCACUCGAUCGACUUUCGCGACCUUACGUGCUGACUAGUCGUCUCCGUUUUCUCCCGUCCAGCCUCGGCCCCUUUUCCAGACGGCGCUCCUCCCACGCCCGACCCGAAUCCCCCCCCCCCCCCUUCAGCCCCAUCAGCCACCGUCAGUGUCUUUGAAUUCACGUUGAACGUGCUUGAUCAACCCCCCUUCAACGCUCAGUCCUGAUGGCAGGAUGUUCCUAUAUCUGCUCUUUUGAAUGCAACUCAAGCCAUUCCCUCCUUGCCCGCACGAUCCGCUCCUCCGCGGUCCCUACGACCCCAACGCCAGUUACUACGCCCUCACUUUCGACGACUACUGGCUCCCGCGGGAUACCGAGGUCGAGCUCUUCACGGCAUCGAUACCGAGCAUACCUGGAAGAUAGGUGAUUUGGUACGUGCUUGUCUACAUCCCAUCCUGUUUCAUUGACCCCAAGCGGCGGCAGCGGCGGUUGGCGCGCUUGCGAACAUCAGAAAAGGAGCUGACCUCCGCCUCGGUGAUUCGCCGCAUAGUUUUCCGUGGGACGAAAGCCGAAUCUAUGCGUGUGAGUCGAGCAUAG